AUGGCGUUUCAUCCAUUCAAAACUCGCAGUGAGAGUGGGGAGAGAGGAGGGAAUAAACAUGAUGAUGAAGAUGGCGGCGGCGGCGGCGGCGGUGGUGGUGGUGAUAGUGAUAGUGAUGACUUUGGGACAUACAUCAGGGGGAGUCUGGGGAAGUUGCCGAUGGCUUCUUCCAAGUUACCACUCUCCAGCCAUUAUUCAUUUCCAUACAUCUUCCAUUAUCACCAUUCCAAAUUUCUCUAUCGCUUCAAAGAAAGCAAAAGAAUGAAACGAGCGCCUUGUUUACUGAAACUUACUUCAACCCUUCCAAGCUCCCAGUCUGCUUGCUUCCACGCUGCUCAACCCACCUUAACCACUUCUACAGACAUCCUCAAGAUAAGGAUCUUCCUUGCGGAAAGUUACGAAAAACGAUCAAUCUUAUCGCCCAGUGUGCCCCCGUAG